AUGGCGCCGCUAUUCCCGCGGCACGCGCUGCUCGCGGCGGCCGUGCUGUCCUCUCUCCUUGUUGCACUGGUAACUUGUUCCGCCGCAGCGACUCCACCCGCGGCACCGGCAUCCGCUAGCGGCGCGACUGCGAAUGUGUGUCCAGCAACGAAGCUUCCGCCGACUGCGCGGAAGACUCGGUCUCUUCGCUGCCCCGUGGCGGCAACCGCGUCGUGCUGCGCGGAGUGCGCGGACGUGUCGGCCGCGCAAAUGAUGACCGGCGCAAACCUUUCCGCCGUGCUCACGAAUAUCAGACCCUCAUUCGCAGGCCUCGUCGAGCCGAGCGUUAAGGUGUGCGACCUGUUCGUUGGCCAACUUGAGUGCCCCUUUCUCGUCGAGGCGAUCGUGUGUGGCGCCAACUGCAACCCUGAUUCGGGCAGCUAUGUGAACAGCACCAAGGACGGCGCGUCAGUCAUGUUAAUCUGCCCGGAAUUCGCUGACCGCAUCUUCAGUGCCUGCAAGGGCAUCAAACUGGGCACGUAUGUGCUGAGCGAGCUGAUAGCGGAUGCACAAGCAUUCAUCGACACGGUUAUUGUCAACACGAUCAAGGUGGCUGGAGUGCCCAACCUCAACGUCACAAACCAGCCCUCGCCAGUACAAGCCCAUGCGACGCUGCUGCUUCCAUUCCCCCCACUUGCGCUGCUCCUGGUGGUGGCAGCACAACCAUCACGCCCCCCCCUUCACCUCCCCCACCUAAGAGUGGUGCUUAUUCAUCAUUCUCAUACUUCCCUCAACUUCCUUCGAUUUCGCCUUUGUCUGCCUCGUCGACCUUGUUUCCUCCACUGCCUCUUCGCCCUCUUACCCCUAGACCUCUCCCCCUUUCGACUCUUCCAAUCUCUUCCCCCCCUCAACUUAUAUCCUCUCCCUGACCCUCCCCGACUCUCCCUCUCCAUCCUCUCUCCCACCUCCGCCUUCUUACCCCUAAAUAUCCUCCACGUCUACCCUCUCCCUUCUUCCACCUUCUCUCCUCCCCACCCUCUCCCCCUCCGCACUUCCCACCUUCCCAGCAACUUUGUGCCGAACCUCACCAUCGGCCCUCCGGUGAUUGCUGCGCUUCGAAAGCACACGGAUGCCUACCUGGACUGCCACCUCAUGGUCACAGACCCCUUCGCCUACGUGGAGUCUAUGAAGCAGGCCGGGGCCUCCUCCUUCACCUUCCAUGUGGAGGCUGUGCCAGGCAGGGCACAGCAGCUGGUGGCUGAGGUGCAUGCAGCGGGCAUGAGGGCGGGGGUGGCCAUCAAGCCUUCCACGCCUGUCGAAUCCGUCCUGCCCCUCUUGGAGGGGCAGGAGGCAGUGGAUGUGGUGCUGGUGAUGACGUUGGAGGGGCAGGAGGCAGUUGAUGUGGUGCUGCUGGUGAUGAUUGUGGAGCCGGGGUUCGGAGGGCAGUUGGAGGGGCAGGAGGCGGUGGAUGUGGUGCUGGUGAUGACGUUGGAGGGACAGGAGGCAGUGGAUGUGGUGCUGGUGAUGACAGUAGAGCCGGGGUUUGGAGGGCAGGCGUUUAUGCCUGACAUGAUGCCCAAGGUGCAGUUUCUACGGUCACGAUUCCCAGAGCUGGAUAUUCAGGUGGAUGGCGGGUUGGGUCCAUCGACCAUUGGUCAAGCAGCAGAAGCUGGAGCCAACUGCAUUGUUGCUGGAAGCUCUGUGUUUGGCGCUUCCGACCCGGCCGCUGCCAUUGCUGUCCUCCGUGAUGCCGUGCUAAAAGCGCAGCAAUAA